UCCAUUUAUCUUAUACCAGUUUUUUUAUACUUCAUUUUCCAAUCUACAGCAUUCAAAAUGUCUACAACUACCAUUCCCCAUCCUUCCAAAACUCGCCCUAUUGUCGUCAUAGGCGCCGGUAUCCUGGGCCGCCGCAUCGCCGCCGUCUUCUCAUCUGCCGGGUAUACCGUGCACAUCAGCGAUCCAUCAUCCUCUGCUCUUGACUCUGCAAGAACUUACGUCUCGACGCACAUCCACGAAUUCACUACCCAUACCCCUCAUCAUCCGUCUUCUUCUCCGGGCCAAAUCUCAACCUUCACCUCUAUCCCUGAAGCAGUCGCCACCGCCUGGCUAGUCAUCGAAGCCGUUCCUGAGAUCCUGCCCUUGAAGAAAACCCUCUUCGCAGAUCUCCAUGCCCACAGUCCAGCGGACUGUAUCCUCGCGUCGAACAGCAGCAGUUACAAAUCCCGCCUAAUUGGCGGCCAUCUGCCACUGUCACGACGGGUCCUUCUCCUCAACAUGCACUUCACUAUGCCACCGUCCAUCCGUACCGUGGAACUAAUGACCUGUGGGGAGACGGACGAGCGGGUAUUCCCCAUGCUCAGUGAGGUGUUGAGUGAGUGUGGAGUUAUCCCGGUGACAGCGAGGAAGGAGUCCACGGGGUUCAUCUUCAAUCGUCUCUGGGCGGCGAUCAAGCGUGAAAUACUGUUGAUUUUGGCGGAGGGGGUGAGUGAACCCAAAGAGAUUGAUCUGUUGUGGGAGGAGAUGUUUGGUAGGAAGGAGAGUUUGCCGCCGUGUCGGUUGAUGGAUGCGAAUUAUGUGCGGGAGAGGGGACUGGAUGGACGGUCGACGGUGGAUUGGGUGAGGGAGAAAUUUGUGAGUGUUGGGAGGGUCGGGAAGAAGGCUGAUGAGGGGUUGGGAGGAUUGUAUCCGCCACCUGAUCUUACUGAAGACGUGAAGGGGAAGAAGGUGGUGGGAGAAGCGCCUCUGCUAUAUCUUCUUGAUGUUGGGCUGGGAGCGAAUACUUCUGAUAUCGAGAAGGUUUCUACCGCUGGGAGGAUAUUGAAGUUCCAGCCAGGUACCACUGGCAUGGCCCCCGUCACCAUUAUCUCAGGCCAGUCUCUCCCGGAUGGGAUCGACGUGUCCCAGACGACAGGACGCAUCUUCUGGACGAACAUGGGGCAGUCGACAUCCACGCACGAUGGAUCUGUGCACUCGGCGACACUGGAUGGUCAGGAUAUAUGCACCUUACUUCCAGCUGGGGCGGUGCACACCCCCAAACAGCUUGUCGUUGAUGAUACAACGCAGCACGUGUAUUUCUGCGAUCGUGAAGGGAUGAGCGUGCAUCGGGUGCGGUUCGACGGGUCUGGCCAUGAGGUGCUGGUGCGGACAGGAGCGCUCGAUGAUGCCACCCACCGCGGAGACAUGACGCGGUGGUGCGUGGGAAUUGCAUUGGACCGGAAGAACAGACAUGUGUAUUGGACGCAGAAGGGCCCGAGUAAAGGUGGGAAGGGGCGGAUAUUCCGUGCUGGUUUGGAGGUGCCGGCUGGACAGACGGCUGAUAGUCGGGAAGAUGUCGAAAUGGUGUUGGAGGGAUUGCCGGAGCCGAUUGAUUUGGAGUUUGACGAAGAGGAGGGAAUGCUAUAUUGGACCGAUCGGGGAGAGCAUCCGUGGGGGUGUUCGAUGAAUAGGGUUAAGGUUGGUGGUGAGGUGGCGGUGCAGGAGUCGAGGGAGGUUCUGGCAAGGCAUUUUAAUGAGCCUAUUGGGUUGAAGGUGGAUAGGAAGGAUAAGAAGGUGUAUGUUGCUGAUUUGGGAGGGAGUAUGUAUUGUGUUGAUUUAGAGGAUGGGGAGAAGAAGGUGGUGUGGAGGGAUGAGGGGUGUUAUACUGGGGUUGCGUUGGUAAAGUGA